CAGUGAGGAUGUGCCUGGUGCCAGCAGAGCCGUACGCACCGAUCCACGGGUGUCUGCAGCCCAUUCCUGGUGCUGGAACAGCUGAUUGCCAAAAGCACUUCAAACACACAUCAAAGGUGCUCAUCCUCUUCCCAGCCCGAAGUGCCCAGGAAAGUUUUGGCUUUUUUAUUGAAAACCAGCUUUUCUUUAAGACAAAAUGGAACAAAACAGUGUCUGACCCAUGCACCAGCGCCCAGCCUUGUCCCUGACCACAUCCAUUGCAUGGCUGAGCCAGCUUUGCCCAUGGCAAUUCCCCUUCACCCCAGGCUGAUGGGAGCAAGCAGGGCUUCCCAGCACGAUAGCGAGUGCUUGGUUCGUAUCUGCCUCCACAAGCACCCUCUGGGAGGGAGCAGAUAACAGGGAUGCUGCGUGCUGUGGGCUUGGGAGCUGCUGGCAGAGGAGCUGCAGGUCAUUCGUGUCCAGUGGCUGUGCCAUGAGGGUGAAAUCCCAGGGUGGGACCCGCAGGGAGGAGGUUGCUGCCAUAGCAUCACAGGGUGCUUGUGGUCAGAGCCGGGAAGCUCUGGGGCAGCGUGAGUGAAUGAUGAUGGUGAUAAUUGUGGGAGGAUGCUGCAGCGCGCCGGGGGCUGACGCACGGAGCCGCCGGCCUCGGGACCCCGCUGCCCGCCCCAUGGUCCCCACCGGCUGCCGGGGCCGUGCCCCGUGACCCGUGCCCCCCAGCGCCCCGUGCCCGUGCCCCACCAUGACGAGCCUCUUCCGCCGCAGCAGCAGCAGCAACGGCAGCGCCCGCGGCAGCGGCUCCUCCGCGCAGGAGCUCAACAACAGCCGGCCCGCCAGGCAGGUCCGGCGCCUGGAGUUCAACCAGGCCAUGGAGGACUUCAAGACCAUGUUCCCCAGCAUGGACUACGACAUCAUCGAGUGCGUCCUGAGAGCCAACAACGGCGCCGUGGAUGCCACCAUCGACCAGCUCCUGCAGAUGAACCUGGAUGGCAGCGGGGGCGAUGACAGCUCGGACUCGGAGGACAGCAUCCCCCCCGAGAUCCUGGAGCGGACCCUGGAGCCGGACAGCUCAGACGAGGAGCCCCCUCCUGUCUACUCCCCCCCUGCCUACGAGAGCCAGGUGCACCCCCGUGCACCUCCCACCCCCCCACCCAGGACGGAUGUGCCAGCCCCCGGCAGCACCCCAGUGUCCGGGCACUACAGGAACUGGAACCCCCCUCUCCUGGGCAACCUCCCUGAGGAUUUCCUCCGCAUCCUGCCCCAGCAGGCAGCUGGCACCCAGGGCUCCCCCGGCUGCCGGCAGCCCCUGCCCCGGGGGCUGGCCCCAGCGCGGGGCCAGGGCUCGCUGGAGCAGGAGCGGCGCUGGAAGCAGUACCUGGAGGACGAGCGGAUCGCGCUCUUCCUGCAGAACGAGGAGUUCAUGAAGGAGCUCCAGAGGAACCGGGAUUUCCUGCUCGCCUUGGAGAGAGAUCGAUUGAAAUAUGAGUCCAAAAAGUCCAGGUCAUCCAGUGCUGCUGCCAGCAACGACUUCAGCUGCUCCUCUGUGCUACCAGGUGACGCAGCCCCCUCUGCGCCCAGCGAGGCCGGCGGUGCCGUGUCUGACGAUGCCUUAUUCAGAGACAAGCUGAAACACAUGGGAAAAUCCACGCGCAAGAAGCUCUUUGAACUCGCCAGAGCCUUCUCCGAGAAGACAAAGAUGAGGAAGUCCAAGAGAAAACACUUGUUGAAGCAUCAGGUGAUGGGGACAGCGGCUUCCACGGCAAAUCUUCUCGAUGACGUCGAGGGACAUUCAUGCGAUGAAGACUUCCAAGUGCGGAGGCAGCCGCUCCGGGAGGAGGAGGAGAUGCUGAAGGAAGGGCAGUAAAUGGUCCCAGCGCUGGGGUUUAGUGCUGGCACGGAACGUGCCCAAAGCUUCACGAGAAGGUGGCUGGAAAAGGAACACAAGACACCCAACAAAUCCCGCAGAGUUUUGGCUGCUCCCCCUCUGCUGCUCUUCUCCUCGGAAGUGCAAAGCGCUGAGGCUCCGUUUUCUUCCCCGGCGUUUGAAAACAACUUCUAUGUAGCAAAUCAGCCAAAAAGGAAUCAAAAUGAGGGUCAAAGCAGGUCGGGAGCUGCUGUGAGGAGCCGGCGGAGCUCGGGCUUGGGAGGAGCAGCGCGAGCGGCGGUGCAGGAGGAAUGGGAUCAGUUGUACUGAGGAGGAUGCGUUCCGUGUGGGAUCUGCUUGGCCGGAGCACUCCUGACCAUAUCUCUGUAGUGAUCUGGUGGGACUUUACUCUGCGCACACAGGGAGAAACCAACCCAGAGCAUGGGAGAGGGAGAACCUACAGCCGGUGUCUGUUCUUGCUAGGAGAUGCGGACCAGGUGAUAGUCAGGUGAUACAUAAAUCGCUUCUAAAAGGAAAGGCCUUCUUUUCCUAGGUGUUUUACUUGGAAUUAAACCUUUGCCUUCGGCAUUGCUAAAACUG